GUGCGCGUCCGCGUGCGCGCCUCCGCGGUGGUGACGGGCAUGGCGGUGUGUGCUCGGCUCUGCGGCGUGGGCCCCGCGCGUGGGUGCCGCCGCCGCCAGCAGCGCCGCGGCCCGGCCGAGACUGCGGCGGCGGACAGUGAGGCGGACACGGACCCCGAGGAGGAGCGCAUCGAGGCGGGGCCGGCGCGUUGCUCUCUGCUGGAGCUCCCGCCUGAGCUGCUCGUGGAGAUCUUCGCGUCGCUGCCCGGCACCGACCUGCCCAGCCUGGCUCAGGUCUGCAGCAGGUUCCGCCGAAUCUUGCACACGGACACCAUCUGGAGACGGCGCUGCCGCGAGGAGUAUGGCGUUUGUGAGAACCUGCGGAAGCUGGAGAUCACAGGUGUGUCUUGCCGGGACGUCUAUGCAAAACGUAUAAAUCCUCGAGUGAAGUCAGGACGCUUCAUGAAAAUUCUCCCCGAUUAUGAGCACAUGGAGUACAGAGAUGUGUACACCUGCCUGCUUCACCGAUACAGACACAUUUUGGGGCUGUGGCAGCCAGAUAUCGGGCCGUACGGAGGAUUGCUGAACGUCGUGGUGGACGGACUGUUCAUCAUUGGCUGGAUGUACCUGCCACCUCAUGACCCCCACGUGGGAGACCCCAUGCGGUUCAAGCCACUGUUUAGAAUCCAUCUGAUGGAGAGGAAGUCGGCUACAGUGGAGUGUAUGUACGGCCACAAAGGGCCCCACAACGGCCACAUCCAGAUUGUGAAGAGGGACGAGUUCUCCACCAAGUGUAACCAGACAGAUCACCACAGGAUGUCCGGUGGGAGGCAGGAGGAGUUUCGGACGUGGCUGAGGGAGGAGUGGGGCCGCACGCUGGAAGACAUCUUCCACGAGCACAUGCAGGAGCUGAUUCUGAUGAAGUUCAUCUACACCAGUCAGUACGACAACUGCCUGACCUACCGACGGAUCUACCUCCCGCCCAGCCACCCUGACGACCUCAUCAAGCCCGGCCUCUUCAAGGGCACCUAUGGCAGCCACGGGCUGGAGAUUGUGAUGCUCAGCUUCCACGGCUCACGCGCCAGGGGCACCAAGAUCACGGGCGACCCCAACAUCCCCGCGGGGCAGCAGACUGUAGAGAUUGACCUGCAGCGCCGCAUCCAGCUGCCGGACGUGGAGAACCUCCGAAACUUCAACGAGCUCUCCAGGAUUGUCCUGGAGGUCCGGGAGCAGGUGCGGCAGGAGCAGGAGGCCGGCGAGGGCGCCGCGCCACCCCGGGAGCCUUCAGCCAAGGCCGCUGAUGGGCCACCUGCUAAGGACGGCAAAGAGCCUGGAGGUGGAGCCGAGGCAGCUGAGCAGUCGGCCUCGUCUGGGCAGGGGCAGCCGUUUGUGCUUCCUGUGGGUGUCAGCUCGAGGAACGAGGAUUACCCCCGCACUUGCCGCCUAUGUUUCUAUGGCACAGGCCUCAUCGCUGGCCACGGCUUUACCAGCCCUGAGCGCACCCCCGGAGUCUUCGUCCUGUUUGAUGAGGACCGCUUUGGAUUUCUGUGGCUGGAAUUGAAGUCCUUCAGCUUGUACAGCCGAGUCCAGGCCACCUUCCAGAACGCCGCCGCGCCGUCGCCGCAGGCCUUUGACGAGAUGCUCAGGAACAUCCAGUCUCUCACCUCCUGACCUCCGCAUCGUGGGCGGAGAGGCUGCACCGGGGCCCGGGUGGGGGAAGCAUGCACUUUAGAAAUGAACGCACACCUCCUCACUGGGGUCCCGGUCGCCCCGGGACGCUUCUUGUAUAGUGUGUAACAUACUCUUGUACAUUUGACUUGUUGGUAGCUAUGAAGGAGAACGCUAAGCAUGGUGAGAAAAUAAACGGAGUUGAGCCAGGAUCGAGCUGAAUGACCGGUGCCUGUGGCAUGGAGAAUUAAAUGGAUGCCUGCUGGUUUUCUGAAGCAAGCAAAUCUGCCCCUAGGAAGGGUUAUAUAUCACCCAGCCACCGUGAGUCGUAGGGGGCAGGGUUCUGUGCACCUGUUCCCUUCCAAUGACCUAAACGGUCACUGCUUGGAUGUGGCCGCUGUGGGAUGGCCGAGUGUCAGGCUCAGGGAUAGGUUUCCAUUUCCUCACUGGCUUGCUUAGAUCUUGGACAGGGCAUUCCACCAUGGCCUCUGUCCUGGUUGCUAGGAGCCACCAAAGAUUGCCAGGGAGUCGCCACUCUGGCCCCUGGUGACCUCUGGGCCACACCCACUCUCGAAGUAGAGCCGAGUUGUCAGGCCAGCCACCUGCUUGUCCCCAGCAGCCGAAUGCCCUCCCUUGGUCCUCCACACGUUUAUCUGGAGGGCCCGCCUGCCGACACCACAUCGCUGGUGCUCUCAUUUCACGGCUGUGCAGAUGCCUCUCCAAGUGUUGACACCGACGACCUUGUCAGCAGCGAGCACUGUCAAGCCCUUUGUAGGUGAAGGCAGUCUUCUAGAUACUUCUCUGUGGCCAUGUGCCCGGGAGCAUUGCUAAUUGAGGGCUUACCUGCUCAGAGAUCAGUGUGCCGGGCCUGCUAGUGUUUGUGUUUGAGGACCCUGUCUGAGCCCAGCCUUUGGGAGCGUCUGCCUGAGCUUCCAGUGUUAGCAUGCCUCUAGGCCGCCCUUCCCCCAUGGCUGUUCAUCCCCUGGGGCUUUGGCAAGCCCUCAUGCUGAGAACUCAUCCCGCUGGCGAGGGACCUUAGGAAGAUGGCAGCCACUCGAGGCUGGGCCUGUAGACUCAGGAGAGGUAGUGUGGUGAAGGAAGGACCCUUGCUUGCAAGCUGCCUUUAGGGCUUUAGGAUGCUGGCUUUGUCAGGAGCAGUAACAGAACCUGCGGCGAGCUCUGUUAGUCCUGAGAAGCUUUGGACAGUGGCGGAUGUGACCAGGAAGCCGCAGAGUCAGUGGAGAGCAGGUAGCUGGGCACGCGGGUAGCUCUUGUCAGGUUUCCCUGGAGAAAAGCAGAAGUGUGCAUUUCCCAGAACCUUUCCCUGAGUGUCUUCGGCCGCUUCUGGUUCAGUGGGGGCGCUCACGCCAUAUUAGCCCACCACACACCGGCUUCCCUAAACGCACGCCCUGCUUGCUGCAGACGAGGCUUGUUGGGGGCUGAUACCAUUGUUGCAUGUAGUGUGGCCUCAUGUAGAGAACAGCAAGGCCCUGGAAGUCCGCUCAACAAGGCAGGUGGACAUCCUUGUCCCCGGGCCUCACCAGGCCAGUGCCAUUGGCUGCUCUUGUAAUUUUGCUGCUGCAGGCUGCACAGCCCAUGGAUUUUGGAGAAAAGGCGCCUUGUGGGUUUGCACACUUGGCCUGCCCCGCUGUGUGUGGAGAUGGUAUGGGUAAGGUCAGGGGCAAGCCUCGGGAAGUUUAUAGCGGGGACUGGACUCUUUCGAGUGAGGAUAUUGCCGGUGUCUGUUUAUGUCCCGAUUUCUUCAGGCCUGCCAGUGUCAGGACAUUACCGCCAUCACUCAGACCUCAGACAUCAACAGUGUGUCUGUGGGGGGGGAGCUCUAGACUCCAUGCCUUGGUCCUGACUCACCUUGUGUCCCUUUGACAUCAGCUGUCUGGCUCCUUGUAACAUGAGUUUAGACUCUGGGCCCCUCUGCUCUGGGCUGUCAGCUCUGCACACUUCCUGUCCCUGCAUGUCUACCUAUAGAGUGGGUACUUGACAGUGGCUUCUGGCCAACUGCUGCGCCAGCCAGGCCUUCUUCACAUCAAGCAAUGAGGCACUCGCCUGCUAACCGCCUUCCUUCCCCAAGAACCUGGAGCUGAACACGCUGAUCUGGCCAUCUGGGGCACCUCCCCGGCUGCUGGCUGCCUCCCCCAGCCCUCAGCAGCUCUCUGCCAGGCUCGCUGUGAACAGUAUACCGCCCAGGGUAUAAUUGUUCGUUCACCUUUCAGGACCUAUGGGCAUUAGAGCAGAGGGCCCAUCCUGCUCAGCUGUCAGGACUUUGCGAACCUCAGGACACCUGCAUCGCCUAGUGUGGGACUGUCUUCUCAAGACAGUGGGGCACAGAGGACAUCAAGCGCCUGACCUGUACCAACCUCCGGCCCACAUGACCCACUUUCCAAGAAGGGUUUCACUGUGGGUCGUGACACUGAAGGAACCUGCCGGGUGCUUUUCUGUGGUGGAGUCCUCUGUGUUUGCACAGAGACCAGCACAAAGUGCUAGCAUGUGCGUUCUCAGCCCGUUUCUUGUGCUCACCGAGCCUGUUUGGAGCAUGGGGUUUGUCUGGAGCACACACAGACACACACACAACACACACACACACACCUGGUUCUGGACAGAGGGUGGCUCUUAAAAGCUCUCAGGUCAGCUCCGCUUUGCCUAGGGUCAGGGAAGGACCCUGAAACAGUAGCUGCUGUGUACCUGGUGCCUGAUAUCACCUGUGUCACUCGCCUAGGAUGUGUGGUUCUCCUUUCGGUUCUCAGUAAACCUGUUUUUGAAGCCUU